UCUGCCUUGUUGCUUUCCGUUGGAGCAUUUGAAUUAUUUGUGGUCAUAUUCGUCAACGAAUUUAAUCGAAAGGCUACAUUCUCAGGUAUGGACCCGCUGAUUCGAUCCAAAGUGUUGAUGGUAGUAAAGAUUCCUAGGAAGUUGAUCAAGUGGUAGAAAAUGUUUUCGUUGCUAGAGCAGCAUGAGUUAAUGCAGAAAUUGGGCACCCUCACUUCCCUUCUUGAUAUUACACCUCGCCCAGACUUAGUGGAGGCGAUGCUGACUUAUUGGGAUCCGUAAAAUUUGGCUUUCAGAUUUGGAGAGUGUGAAAUGACCCCUACCUUGGCAGAAAUGUCUGGUCUCACUCAUUUAAGCUAUAUAGGCAAGGACAUGAUACUUCCCCGAGACCAUUCUAGGACAAGAUUCCUCAGCGAUCUGGGCCUGAAAGAUAACAAGCAUUUAAAAUGCCUCGAGCAGUCCUGGAUAUCCUUGGAUUAUUUUUUUGCUAGAUUUGGACCACAAGAUAGUUUUGACGUCUUUUGGGAUGAGUUCUGCACAACCAAGGCAAAGUGGCAAAGGCGUCGCCUCGAAGAUUUCAGCCUUGCUUUGUUGGGAUUAUUGGUUUUUCCAUUAGAUGAGAGGCACAUUAGCACUUGUCUUCAAUCAGUGGUAAUGGCACUAUUUCAUGAGAAGCAACGCAAAACCAUUACCGUUGUGUCGAUGAUCUUAGCAGAGUUAUAUCGAGUCCUGAGUGAGGUUAGGGGAGGUGUCAGGUAUAUUGAGGGAAGUAACCUUUUGCUCCAAUUGUGGAUGAUGGAGCAUUUGCACACCGCUUCCUUACUUUGUCCCAUCGACCGUGCCUUGAGGUAUCGGGUGGUAUGCAUUGAGCAUAGGAUGAAAUCUCCUAAGUUUACAUACCCAAUAGGCGUCACAGCUUGGAUUGAGUUCCUUGGUUCGAGGACAAAUGGUAAUGUUUUGUGGGCUUACCUUUGGCUACCUUUAGAUGAUAUCUUGGUAGGAUGCCUCAUGCAUCCUUUCCUGAUGUUGAUAGGACUCAAGUGUGUCAGGCUGUACACUCCCGUUAGGGUAAUGCGAUAGUUGGGCAGAAGAUAAGAGGAGCCUCCAACUUUGAAUCAUCGAAGGCACAUCAUGAAUUUUAGCAAAAAGGCGACUGAUGAAAUCAAGUACGUGCAAUACUGGAACAAUGCAAAAAGGAUGAAGAAAAAUACAUUAGUAGAGGACGUUGGCAGGCCUGAGUGUACUCAAGAGUACCUAAUUUGGUUAUAGUCCGUCCCAACAGGGGUCAGCACCCCAUUGCCAGCACAACAUAGGGGUCGGUAGUUGAGACAGAUGAUUUUGAGGAGGCAUCGGACCAAGAUCCUUGCGAUAAGCUUGAGUUGAUAAAGUCUCAGUCAACGGGAUUGGCAGCAAAUGUGGAGCAGCAUGGCCAGUAUUUGUUUAGGGUCGACCUUCAAGAUGCGGGGGCACACGCCAGGGCCUUUAUUCCCAGCAUCGGUGUUUCUUUACGAGACAUGUUACAGAGUUUGAGCAUGACGGACAGCCCAGGACCAUCCCAUUCAGGAGCAGCUUGAGGAGUCAUUCUAUUUAGGUGUUUUGAGAUUGUCUUAUGUUGUCUUUUACUUUCUUGUCUUGUCUAGGAGUACCGAGUCCGUUAGGUAGUGUCAAAGUCUGUCGUAGUGUAGUUGAGUCUGUCAGGUCUUUCAUUAUCGUACUUCCCAUUGUAUUUUAAUAUCAAAUAGUUUCUAAAUGAAAAAUCCCAAAAAGAUUUUAUUUUUAGUUUAGUUUCCAUCACUUUUCCAGAACUACGC